UGCAUCUGAUUCUGACACUUGGAGAGUCGAGCACAAAGCAAAUGGAGUCAACUACCCCCUUCUUCUCCAUCAUCACGACCCUUAUCUUCUACUCCUUAGUCUCACUCUCAGCUUCUUCAAAUCCAAACAAUCCAUUCCCAAAAGAAGCUCUUCCUACUAAAUCUGGUUACCUCCCAGUAAGUACAUCAUCUUCCUCUGCUAUCUUCUAUGCUUUCUAUGAAGCUCAUAACUCAACUUUACCUCUCUCCCAAACCCCUCUUCUCAUUUGGCUCCAAGGUGGCCCCGGAUGCUCCUCCAUGAUUGGCAACUUCUAUGAGCUUGGACCAUGGACUCUCACUGAUGAAUCACCCCUUACACUUCACCCUAACCCUGGUGCUUGGAACAGGAUCUUUGGCCUCCUCUUUCUUGAUAACCCCAUUGGUUCUGGAUUCAGUGUAGCAGCAACAACACAAGAAAUCCCAACUGAUCAAGAUGGUGUUGCAAAGCAUCUCUUUGCUGCUAUAACAAGGUUUGUUGAGCUUGAUCCUGUUUUCAAGAACCGUCCUAUUUAUAUUACUGGUGAAAGUUAUGCUGGGAAGUAUGUUCCUGCUAUUGGAUAUUAUAUAUUGAAGGAGAAUUCACGGCUCCGCGGUUCUAAGAGAGUGAAUUUGGCUGGUUUGGCUAUUGGAGAUGGGUUGACUGACCCUGUUACACAAGUGGUUACUCAUGCUGUUAAUGCUUAUUAUAUUGGUUUGAUCAAUGAGAGGCAGAGGAAUGAGUUGGAGAAGGAUCAAUUGGAAGCGGUUAGUUUAGCGCAGAUUGGGAAUUGGAGCGCUGCAACUGAUGCAAGGAAUGUGGUUUUGCGAAAGUUGAGGAAUGUAACAGGGUUGGCUACUUUGUUUGAUUACACAAGGAAAAAGCCCUAUGGCGAUGAUGUAGUUGAUAAAUUCUUGAACAAUGUGGAAGCUAAGAAGGCCUUAGGGGUGAAGAAUGAGUCACUUGUGUUUGAAGGAUGCAGCGAUGUGGUUGGUGCCGUGUUACAUGCUGAUGUGAUGAAGAGUGUGAAGUACAUGGUAGAGGAAUUGGUGAGGAACACUAGGGUGUUGUUAUAUCAAGGUCAGCAUGAUAUUCAGGAUGGAGUGGUUCAGGUCGAGGCGUGGGUGAAGACGAUGAAGUGGGAAGGGAUUGAGGAUUUUUUGAAUGCAGAGAGGAAGAUAUGGAAGGUGAACGGAGAGCUUGCUGGCUAUGUCCAACAAUGGAAGUCACUCACUAAUGUUGUGGUGUUAGGGGCAGGGCAUCUUUUACCUUCUGAUCAACCUGUGACAUCUCAAGCAAUGAUUGAAGAUUGGGUCCUUGAAAAAGGUUUAUUUCAAAGUUUGCAGCAUCAUGAAAAUGUGUCAAGAAAUUCAUUGUGAUUGAAGUAUUGAACCAUAAGUGUUGUAAUUUUGUUAGCAGGAACUGAACAACUCUUGGUUUAGGGACAACUUCCACUUCUUUAUGUACCAAUAAAAAAGUUAACUUUGUGAUUUAAGUUACCUAUUGGAAGUGAAUUUCUUGUUGGCUUAGUUAUUA